AUGAACCCAGCAGCAGCACCUUAUCCCCAAGCACCACCACCGCCCAUGAUGACGCCUGGUAGUAUGGCUGCGAAUCCCUAUCAACCUGCUCCACCCAUGGGCUAUCCAUCAACAAUGCCAGGCAUGAUGAGCGCACCACCACCACCUCCCUUUCAACAAGGCAUGAUGCCACCACCACCACAUCCAGGCUACAUGUAUGGCUACCGAUCGCGUUGGAAUUGCUGUGAUCAUCCACAAGGUUGUUGUUGUGGGCUGUUAACAGCCAUGUGCAUAUGUUGUUGUUGUGAAGAGUGUUGUUACUAG